AUGAUUUGUGUGCCCUUGAUUUUGUUCUCUGCCUUUGCCCUCGCAACAAAUACGGGUCCCCUCUUUGACAUUCCGGAGUGGCUCUCGGUGCCGUACCUAGACCCAAAUCUGGGCACUCUUGCAUCCUUCAUAUGGGGUGGUCUCUAUGUUCUCCUUGAACCCGUGGCCGGCACCGUCCUAGCUAUCCUGUGCGUCGGCGCCGCGGCCGGCGCCAACUACCUCAAGGUUGCGGACCCCGAGAACACUAACAAGGUUGCUCUCGCUGUCCACAUCGUCUGCUGGCUCGCUCAGUUCCUUGGCCAUGGUGCCUUCGAGGGCCGCGCCCCUGCACUCCUCGAUAACUUGCUCCAAGCCCUCUUCCUUGCCCCCUCUUCGUCUGGCUAG